AUGGACUUUGAGAUGGCAGUGUGGGAGAUGACUUCAUUGUUGAUCGCCCCAAAGAAGGUUUUCAAGUCCAUAUAUUACCAUAAACAAACCAAAAACACAUGGCACCGACCCGACCCAUCAUUCACCUAUCUGCUCUCCUUCUUCCUCCUCCUCACAGCAUUCGCAUGGGGCCUUGCCUACACUCCGAGCUUCGGUGCCAUCUUCCGCCUGACAUUUCUAUUCGUGUUCGUCCAUUUCAUCGGUUCUUCCCUCCUGAUCUCCACAAUUGGAUACUUCAUCAUUGGGAAGCUCUUCGGGCCCGAUGGGGCUGCGGCCUCCCUAGCUGGUCUGCGGGGGUCCCGGGGUCGGAGACGAGGUGCCGCUCAAGGCCUGUUCAUGCAGCCAGGAGAAAAGGACCAAUUGGAGUUUGGAUACUGCUUUGAUGUAUCCAACCGUGCCUUCUUUCCGCUCUACCUCCACUUGUAUGUGGUGCAGUUCCUUCUGCUGCCUCUGCUCACUCGCAGCCCGAGUAAUUUCCUGGCCACCUUCUUGGGAAACUCACUCUACCUCUCGGCCCUCAUCUACUACACCUAUAUCACUUUCUUGGGAUAUAAUGCGCUACCUUUCCUGCACAACACUGAACUUUUACUGGCGCCCAUCCUCAUUUUUGCUGUCCUGUGGCUGAUCAGCUUGGUUUCAGGCUGGGGGAUUGUCAUGCAAGGCCGCAGCGUCGAAGGGCUUCUGUUGGGCGUGUGA